GCUUCAAGAAUUCUUGUCUCUUCAACACUUUUUCCCUUCUUAUUCUAAAAACCAAUCUUCACUUCUUCUCUCAUUCGUCUCUCUGUUGGGAAAAACUAAAACCCAUUUCUUAAUUCCUGUCUCUGUAAGCCAAGGAGUGACAAAAACCCUUUUACUCCUAAUCCAACUUGUCUUUGCUUUUAGCUUCUGUCUAAUUCAAAGGAAAAGAAAGAAGCCAAAUCUUGUCAAUUUCGAAAAAAAAACUAUUUGUUUAAACAGUGAUUCAACUAAAAACCCCAAAUUUGUUCGAUUUGAUCUCUGUUGUCUUUUUCUUUACUGGAUGGACUGAGUCUUUAUUCCAAGGACAGCUCAAGAACAACAAUGAGAGACGAUAAAUCCAAGAAAAGCAAGUUGUCAUGGUCUAAGAAGAUGGUGAGGAAAUGGUUCAACAUCAAAAGCAAAACUGAAAAGUUUCAAGCAGAUGUUUCUGUUCCUCAAGGAGUUGAAGUUGAGCACAAAAACAGCUUCUCAGAGAGAGAGCCCUGCACAAUCAAGAAGAGCAAAACUGAGAAACUGAAUAAGAACUGGGAGCAGCAAGCUAGACAAAGGAAAAUGAACUAUGAAAAUCCGAGAAUCAUUGAUGUCCAAAACCACAGCAUCUUUGUAGCUACAUGGAACGUUGCUGGACGCUCUCCUCCCGAAGAUCUAAACCUCGACGAAUGGCUUCAUUCCUCUGCUCCUGCAGAUAUAUACGUCCUCGGGUUCCAAGAGAUUGUUCCUCUUAAUGCUGGUAAUGUUCUUGGAGCUGAAGACAAUGGUCCUGCUAAGAAAUGGCAUUCCCUCAUCAGGAAAACGCUCAAUAACCUCCCCGGGACAAGCAGUGUCUGUCAUACUCCGUCCCCUAUUCCUGUCCCCAUUGCAGAGAUUGAUGCUGACUUCUCAGGAUCUUCGAGGCAAAAGAACGAGACUUUCUUCAACAGAAGGUCUUUCCAGACCCCGAGCGUAUGGAGUAUGGAAGAGAAUGACCCUUCUAUCUCACAGCCACGGCUUGACCGUCGUUUCAGUGUCUGUGAUCGCGUAUUCUUCAGUCAUAGACCAAGUGAUUUCGACCCGAGCUUCAGGUGCAGUCACAGGCCUAGUGAUUACUCAAGAAGGCCUAGUGAUUACUCUAGACCAAGCGAUUAUUACUCUAGGCCGAGCAAUUAUUCUCGGCCUAGUGAUGUUUCCCGGUGGGGCUCCUCGGACGAUGAUAACGGCCCGGGGGAUUCUCCAAGCACACUCUUGAAUUCACCGGGGUCUUGUCUUGGUUCUGCAUCGAAUGAAAACGGUUACAGAAUCCCGUGGAACUCAUCGCAGUACUGUUUGGUCGCAAGUAAACAGAUGGUUGGUAUCUUUUUAACAAUUUGGGUGAAAAGCGAGUUACGAGAACACGUCAAGAACAUGAAAGUAUCUUGUAUUGGUAGAGGAUUAAUGGGUUAUCUCGGAAAUAAGGGAUCAAUCUCAAUUAGUAUGUUGCUUCAUCAAACAAGCUUCUGCUUCGUCUGCACCCAUUUGACCUCGGGACAAAAAGAAGGUGAUGAGCUAAGGAGAAACUCCGAUGUCAUGGAAAUACUCAAGAAAACGAGGUUUCCUCGUGUCCAGAGUUCCGCGGACGAGAAGUCCCCUGAGAAUAUCCUUCAGCAUGAUCGGGUAAUAUGGCUCGGGGAUCUGAACUACCGGAUAGCACUCUCUUACCGAUCCGCAAAAGCACUAGUCGAGAUGCAAAACUGGAGGGCAUUACUAGAGAACGAUCAGUUACGGAUAGAGCAGAAACGAGGGCAUGUGUUUAAAGGAUGGAACGAAGGAAAGAUUUACUUCCCACCAACUUACAAAUACUCAAAUAACUCGGAUAGAUAUGCAGGAGGUGAUUUGCAUCCAAAGGAGAAACGUCGUACUCCUGCUUGGUGUGAUCGGAUACUAUGGCAUGGAGAAGGUCUACAUCAGUUAUCUUAUGUAAGAGGGGAGUCGCGGUUUUCAGAUCAUAGACCGGUUUAUGGCAUAUUCAGCGCAGAGGUUGAGUCAAAUCACAAGAGAUUAAAGCGAACCACAAGUCAUUCCACUGCACGGGUCGAAGCUGAAGAACUCUUACCUUACGCCCGCGGAUACACCGAGCUAACAUUUUUCUAAAAGAAAAUCGAAAAGGAGAUCUUUACGGUGUAUAAAAGGAUUGUAAUUUUGCUUUGGUUAACAGAAUUUCGCAUAUCAACCGUUUUUUUUAUUUACAGCGUGUAGGAUUAUUAAACUGACAGAUGGAAGGUUUUUUAAUUCAUCAGUCUUUUUAGGGAUAGUUUUUGAUAAUAUUAUUAUUGUAAAUUGAAGUGUGUUCCCGAGACAAUGAUAGUGUAAUGCUUGUUGUAUAAGUAAGUUUUAGCUGUUUAAGUGUAACAAAAAGAUUAUACAAGAAAAGCAAUUAUUUAAUUCAUUAUGAUUGUUUUCUUACAAAGGAAAAGUGAAAAGAAUAAAAAGAUAACGUCUUG